AUGGAUGCAUAUAGAGCAAGAUGUGGGAAUAAAGUUUGUGGUCCACAAAGAAAAGCUGUAAUUGAACCAGACGAGUACAUUCUGAUAUCACCUAGACAAGCUAGAAUAUGCAUAGAUCGUCUGCAGACUUUGAAUGCAAGUAGGAAUUCCUUCAAUUCUGGUGAUGUAUGGAAUAUAGUUGCAAUGGUUUUCACUUGUAUAUCACUUCUUUGUUUAUUUCUGACAUUUUUAACUUACUGCAUUUUUCCAAGUUUGAGAACACUUCCAGGAAAAAACAAUAUGUGUUUAGUGUUUGCAAUUUUUUGUGCGCAAUUAUUGUUUCAGUUUGUAGAAUUAGGUACAAAAUCCGACAUUGGAUGUAAAAUAAUCGGUGUUUUAAUACAUUAUUUUUGGUUAGUUACUUUCGGUUGUCUCAGUGUUUGUUCUUUCCAUAUGUACCGAGUGUUUACAAGCAAAACUGGUAUCCGUAUAUCCGAAACAUCUAGACUGGUUAAUAACAUAAUAUAUUCGUAUGGGACACCUGCUAUAAUUGUUUCAUUAAAUAUUAUUGUAACAAGUUUCUCAAGCGUUACAUCAAUUGGAUACGGAAGUCGAAUUUGUUUUCUAGACCAACCAAUCGCAUAUGUAGUUACAUUCGCAGUUCCAAUAAGUCUCGUUUGCUGUACUAAUAUUUUCUUCUUCAUUGCGACAACUUAUAAAAUAGCAAAAAGACCAAAAUUGAAAAACGAUUCUCAGAUGAAUCUUAAUCAAAUUCAAUUCACCGUGUAUGCCAAAUUAUUUUCUAUAACUGGAAUUACAUGGAUUUUUCAAAUUAUCGAUUCUUUCAUACCAGUUUCAGCCUUUUCAACGAUUGUUUCACUUUUGAACGCUUUACAGGGUGUGUUCAUAUUCGUCUCGUAUGUAUGUAACAAACGUGUUUUAAGUCUGUAUAAUAAAACAAGGAUGUCUUUUAGUGGAUACAGCAGGACAAGAACGAGCAGACGUACAGCAUCCACCUAUGAUAUACGUAGUAUUUGUUCAAGUAUGGUAUAUGUAAUAUUUACUCCAGUAUGA